ACAAUCUCCCACGUGUCACUCUCGAUGCGAUAUAGUCCAACGAUCCCCAACCUUCCCGGAAUCCAUCCCCUCCCCGGCGUUUCCCAAACCUUAGCCGGAAAUUUUUUCUCACCCUCACUCCAACUUUCCCGAAAAAAUCCCCUCCUUAAAACCGCGAUUUUGUUCAAGACAAUUCACUAGAAUUCCUGAAGCUUCUGAUCUGUUAUGGCGGAUUCCGACAACGAAUCGGGAGGUCACAACAACGCGAGCAGCGAGCUAUCGGCGAGAGAGCAGGACAGGUUCUUGCCGAUUGCGAACGUGAGUCGGAUCAUGAAGAAGGCGUUGCCGGCGAAUGCGAAAAUCUCCAAGGACGCGAAGGAGAUAGUGCAAGAGUGCGUGUCGGAGUUCAUCAGCUUCAUCACUGGCGAGGCCUCCGAUAAGUGCCAGAGAGAGAAGCGGAAGACGAUCAACGGCGAUGAUCUCCUGUGGGCAAUGACGACGCUGGGGUUCGAGGAGUAUGUGGAGCCACUGAAGAUAUACCUCGCCAAGUACAGGGAGAUGGAGGGGGAGAAGACCUCGUUGGGCCGCCAGGGCGAGAAGGACGGCUCCGGAGGUAGUGGCGGCGCAGUGAUCUCCGGGAGUGGCGCUGGGGGGUUUAACAGUGGUGCGGGGCUAUACGGUGGGAUGCAGAGUUCGAUUAUGGUGAUGGGGGGCCACCAUCAUUAUCAGGGUCAGAUGUACGGUUCUGGUUCGUUUCAUCAGAUGGGAGUGAGUGGUGGUGGUGGUGGUAGAAAGGGCAGUAGGGGCAGCGUUGGUGGUGGAGCUACCACGGCGGUGCCGAGGUAGACUUGAUUUUUAUCCACUGUGAUUUAGGAUUUAAUUUUACUAUUUUUUGAAUGAUUCAUAGUGGAAUUUUAGAUUAGAUGUUAGGUUUUUGUUAAUUUUUUGUGAAUUAAAAAAGAUGAUGUGUGUAAUUGCCGAAAAAAAAAAACAAAAAGAUUACAAAUGCAUAAAACCAUGGAUCAACCUCUAAUACUACGUUUAGUGUCAAAGUGAGUGGGAAGAAAGGUUAGCAAAAAUCUGUACUUUACAAAAGGGCUUCUCAUGUAGAGGAUAAGAAGAGUCUGCCCUUCCCUUUGUUUUCUUCCCCUAUUAAUCAUUGUUACUAUUGUUCACUUGUUCAAAA